AUGCUAAGGGCCGUGGCGCGGCCCCGGCAAUGGCAGAAACCAUGGGUCUGCUCAACCUGCUUGUCCCGGGCCGCUGCGCCGACUCGAGUACCCCCCCGCCGUCUGUUCACGACUUCACCUAAGCCCGCCGCUCUCCCAGGACCGAGCUACCCCACGUUUAUCCCCGCAACCCAGGCGCCGCAGCGUAAAGACGACUACGUGCUGCGGUCCAUCUUCGACCGGCCCGACUUCUGGCGCGACUUUUCCACAAUCCCCGGGUCCUACCACGUCGGCCUAUUCCGCAAUGCGUACCUCAAAACGCCCGACGGGUUCAUCUCGUUUGCCCAGGUCAGCCUGCGGCGGGCGCGGGCCAUCGUGGUCAAGGUGAUGGCCGCGGCGACGGUGGCCGAAUACCGGCUCAUUGUGCGCCAGCUCGAUCAGCUCAGCGACGUCCUGUGCCGCGUGCUGGACAUGGCCGACUUUGUGCGUGCCGCCCACCCCAGCCGGACCAUGCAGUCGCGGGCGAGCGAGUGCUGGGAGAUGCUGUACCAGUACAUGAACGAGCUCAACACGAUGACGGGGCUGCACGACCAGCUGGCCAGGGCGAUGGCCGAUCCGAAGGUGACGAUGGUGUGGUCGGAGGAGGAGAAGGCCGUGGCUGACGUGCUGCGGCUGGAGUUCACCAAGUCGGCCGUCAACCUGCCGCAGAAGGCCCGCGACCGGUUCGUGCAGCUUUCGUCGGAAAUCAGCACGGUCGGGUCCGAGUUUGUGCAGGAGACCGAGCCGGACCAGCCGACACUCGUCUUGCCCAGCAACGACCUGCUGGGCAUGGACCCGACGCACGCCCGGAAGCUGACGCGCGGUAGCAAGGUGUAUCUGCCGACGAUGAGCGGGGAAGCGUCGAUGGCACUGCGCAGCGUGCACAGCGCGGACGCGCGCAAGCUGAUCUACUACGCCUCGCGCACGGCGUCGCAGAAGUCGGUCGAGAAGCUGGAGUACCUCAUGAAGCUGCGGGCUGAGCUGGCACGACUCUCCGGGUUCGAGAGCUACGGCCACCUCGCGCUGCGCGACCGCAUGAUGGCCAAGUCCCCCGCGGCGGUCGACAAGUUCCUGCGGGCCGUGGCGCAGACCAACCGGCCGCGUGUGCAGCAGGAGCUAGCGGACAUGCUUAAGGAAAAGCGCAACGUGGACCCGUCGGCCAAAACGGUCGAGCCCUGGGACAAGGAAUACUACUCUGAACUCGUGCGCCGCCCGCUCCAAAACACAGCGCGGCGUCCCGCGGGAGACCUGCUGAUGCCGUACCUAUCCCUUGGGUCCGUGAUGCAAGGCCUCUCGCGACUAUUCACCGACCUCUACGGCAUCCGGUUCGUGCCCCGCCAGCCCCUAACGGGCGAGACCUGGCACCCCGACGUCCGGCGCAUCGACGUCAUGUCAGACGAAGAAGGCCACGUCGCGAUCCUCUACUGCGACCUCUUCCACCGCGAGGACAAACUCCCCAACCCGGCGCACUUCACCCUCCGCUGCUCGCGCGAGAUCGACGAAACCGAGAUGGCCGACGUCUGGGACCUCUCCCAGCGCGAACCCUCCAUGGCCGGCCUCUUCCGCAACCCCGCCUCCGCCGCCAACGACGGCAUGGCCUACUCCAAACACGGCUCCCGCAUCAAACAACUCCCCACCAUCGCCCUCAUCUGCGACUUUCCCGACCCAGCCCGCGACGGCAGCGACCAACCCGCCCUGCUCAGCUUCUACGAACUCGAAACCCUCUUCCACGAAAUGGGCCACGCCAUCCACUCCAUCCUCGCCCGCACCUCCUUCCAAACCGUCUCCGGCACCCGCUGCGCCACCGACCUCGCCGAACUCCCCUCCACCCUCAUGGAGUACUUCGCCUCCGACCCGGGCGUCGUCCACAGCUUCGCCCGCCACUACCAAACCGACGAGCCCGUGCCCCUAGGCAUCCUCAAGAACAAAAUCCUCCAGGCCCGCCGCUUCGAAGGCUCCGAGACCGAAAACCAGAUUAUCCUGUCCAUGCUCGACCAGGCUUUGCAUACUACCCCCUCGGCGGGGGGGAAUCUGCCCGGUGAUAUCGACCCGACUGAUUCCACCGCGGUGUACCACCAUAUCCAAGCCACUGUCGGCUGCUGCCCGCCUGAUCCGCGCGGGACGCGCUGGCAGGGGUUUUUUGGGCAUUUGUAUGGGUAUGGGAGUACGUAUUAUAGUUAUCUGUUUGAUCGGGUGCUGGCGCAGAGGGUGUGGGAGGUUGUUUUUCAGUCUGGGCACCGACGAGCAGUGGUGACGCGGGAAAAGGGCGAAAGGUUGAGGCAGGGCUUGUUGAAAUGGGGCGGAGGGAGGGAUCCGUGGCGGUGUUUGGCGGAUGUGUUGCAGGAUGAGAGGUUGGCGGGGGGUGGGGAGGAGGCGAUGGCUUUGGUGGGGAGUUGGUGGAGUGUACGGUCAUAG